CCUGUCUGUCAAGGAAAUUUCAAGUAGCGCGGAUUUCUCUUCGCGUCACUUCCCAUGUGCCUGUUACAAUAGUUAUCUCUGCCUUGGGACACGCGGAAGUAACAACACAGCCCGGAAAGAGACUGGUUAGUGUGGAAGGAGCUUUCAACUUUGAACAAGCUCUUCUAAAGCAUGAGUAUGUCUACCUUGGGAUGGCGCCUCAUGCUGCUGGUGGUGGCAGCCAAGGCCCUCACAAACCCCACUCCCAAUGCCCAUGAAAGGCGUAAAAGACAAGUCGACACAUCAGAUGUUACCGAUGCAGAGCUCUUGUGUGGAUUGCUAUCUUCAUUAAAUGGUGCACCUUGUAAGGAUAAUGCUCCAUCUGGCCCCAACUCACCUGUAGAAGCAAACUGCAAAUGUGCUCCUGUGUGGCAGUGCAAAGAUGACCGUGGCCCCACAGACUUGGUGACUGACACUGGAAACUUCCUGACACAAGUGAAUGUCCGCUCCAGCCUUGGGUGUCCCACGCCAGAGGAGGUGUGCUGCAUUAACAUAGACCCCAAUUUGCAGCCCAAGACUCCACCCUUCAGUCCCUCUUGUGGCAAGAGGAACAUUAAAGGAGUUGUCACCAACUUUGUUGGGUUUCAGGAGCUCCAGUCUCAGUUUGGAGAGUUCCCUUGGAUGGCAGCCGUAAUGACAGUUGAGAAGUUUGGCGCCAUCAAUGCACCUUUAUACAUCUGUGGUGGGUCACUCAUUCACAGCCAGGUGGUGCUCACAGCAGCCCAUUAUGUACAUGAAAAGAGAACAGCUCGUGAAGUGGCAGUAAGACUUGGCGAGUGGAACUUCAAGGAGCAGUCUGAAUCAGUACCACACCAAGAUUACCUGGUUAAAGAGAUACUCGUGCACCCAAACUAUGUGCCAUCACUCCUGGCCUAUGAUGUGGCCCUUCUCAUCCUGGACCAGCCAGCAAAGCUAGGCCACACUGUUGACACUAUCUGUCUUCCACCCCCAUUCUAUGAUUUCAAAGACCACUUGUGUGUUGUUUCUGGAUGGGGUAAAGAUAUGUUCAGUGAAACUGGUAAAUUCCAACAAAUCCUGAAAUCAAUUGAUCUGCCAGCGGUGAGCCGUGCCUCCUGCGAGUUGGCUAUGCGGGGGACACGUCUGGGCCCAGGCUUCCACCUCCAUGAAAGCUUUAUGUGUGCUGGUGGAGAGAAAGGCAAGGAUGCCUGUGAGGGUGAUGGCGGCUCCCCAUUGGCCUGCCAUAAGCCCGGUGACCCCAAUAAAUAUUACCAGGCUGGUGUGGUGUCUUGGGGCAUUGGCUGUGGACAAGAAGGGGUACCAGGAGUCUAUGCAGAUGUCAGUAAAGCUGUUCCAUGGAUUGAGAAAGUGAUAGCAGAAAAGUUUUAACAUGUCAGAUUUAGUGGCAAAUAAAAUACUUUUAUACUUCUGCUAAACAAUACUUCUCUCGAUAGUGCCAAAAUAUGUUGCAUUUGGUACUGUCAUAUGAAUAAAUAGGUUCACCAGAAGACACUGAACUGCAUAUUUGACAAACCUUUGAAACUAUUAUUAUUUUCUGAACUUUGACACAUAUCAUUACAAUGUCAAUAUUUUCCCUAAUAUUCAGAGUAUGUAUUGCCACUCUCAGCAUGUUACAGAUCUGAUAUGAGAGUGACUGUACAGACAUUUUGGGCUCAGCAGCUUUUUGUAAUUUAACUUAUAAUUUCACAUUGAUGGAAACUGCUGAUAUGUGAAUGCUCAUUGCAGUGCACUGUACUGUUACAAUAAAAAUAUGCAACACUAA